AUGUUAAACUUUAAGAAUAUUUACAAAUUAUUUAUUUAAGCAAAACCCACACCAAACCCAAAUUUUUUGAAAUUCAUUCCAGGUGGAAAGUAAGUUAUGCUCAAUGGAACCUAUGAUUUUACAAGACCAAGGGAAGCAAAAUGUUCACCUUUAGCAUAAAAAUUAUUUCUGAUUGAUGGAGUUACUAGAGUUUUUUAUGGAAAGGAUUACAUUUCUAUUGCAAAAAAGGAAGAAAGUAGAUGGGAAGAGAUAAAACCCUAAAUUUUUGAACACAUAAUGGAACAUUAUUAAUUAGAUUCAGAUGGAUAAGAGAAAAAAUUGAUUAUUGAUGGUUAUUAAGAAAAUCAAGAUACUUAAAUAAAUGAAGAUGAUUCAGAAGUUGUUUAACUAAUUAAAGAAAUAAUUGAUACUCGUAUUAGACCUACUGUGUAAGAGGAUGGAGGAGAUAUUGUCUUUCGAGAUUUCGAUGAGAAGAGUGGAAUUGUUCAAUUGUACAUGAAAGGUUCUUGUGCAGGUUGUCCUUCAUCAUCUGUGACUUUGAAAAAUGGAAUCGAAAGAAUGUUGUGUCAUUAUGUUGCUGAAGUCAAAGAAGUGGUUGCAGAAGAUUAUAAUGGUUCUGAUUGA